AUGACCGUGUCAUACGUACGCUCUCCAAGCUUCUCCGCAAACAGCACAUUCACCGAUUUCCACCACGCAUCACCCCCGCAAUCCCCCAUCGCAUCUUGCGCCUCCUCGGCGGUCUCUGCUUCUCCGGUCCUAGGUCGAGGCUCGCCUAACCCCAUCCCGGCUCCGGCUCUGGCCCCGGCUGCCCCGGCCUCGGACUCGGUGCCGCGCCCUACCGCACAUCUCUCUUCUUCCACCUCUUCGCCCGCUGCUCUCAGCCUCGGUGUCGACGCAGCCAGCAUCGUUAUCCCCAACGAUCGCAUGGAAGCUGGUCUCAGCCUGCGAAGAAGCCCUUUACUCCUUGGAAGCGACUUUCCAGCCGAACCACGCGCCGCCGAAGCCGACGCUUCCUCCAACGGUGAAAGCUACGAGUCUGCCUUGACGGGCGACAUCGAUCUUCACGACCGCUUCGUCCUUCGACGCCCCUACGUCGACCGCGCCUUUCCGCAUUCCAAACGCCGCAGCCAGCUCAUCCUCGAGCAAAAGUUCAACCAGCACCGUUCCGCUGCUGCGUCUCUCUCGAGCGCCAACGAAGACGACUGGAACCCCACCUCGUCCUGGACCGCCUCGUCUCGCUCGCCUGCAUCGCGUCGUCCCGGAACCGCGCCUCACCGCCCUCCGCUUUCGCCUCGCACUCCGGACUCGGCUCCCGCCUCCGUUCUCCUCGACUUCUCCGGCGCAAAAUCGCCGAUUGCCGCAGGAGGGCUACGAGAGCUUACGAUCGGUGCGGCAGCUCAACCCGCUUCUAAGCGUGCCUCCUGGACCCGGCUCGCACGCGAAUCCGAGGCCCGUAGCGACUCGCACCACUCGCCCAACGUGAGCCUCCUCGAAGCAGCUGCUCCCAUCCAGCCCUCUACGGCCACUUCGCGUCGCCACAGCAGUUUCUUAACUGGCGACUAUCGCACGGCCACCUUGAUGCCCAUCUUUGCCAACAAAAGCUUCGAGAUCCCUUCGCCCCGCGCAGACAAACGCACAAGCGAGACCGUACAGCAGCUGCCCACUUCUCCAGACGCGGACCCAGCCCAGUCUUCCAACCUCGCAUCGCUCUCACCGUCCAAACGCGACUCGAUGCUGUCCACCGACUCGUCCGCCACGUCCUCGUCCAAGGGCGAGGCACGCUCAUCGACUGACAAUGUCGAAUUUGAAGGCGACGACGCACAAAACCAGGCUCAGAGCUCCGCCUCUUCCGGCUACGGAGACGACGAGACCGUCGCUCGCAAAACGCCUCUCGGAAAGACCGAAGCCAGCAAGGAAGCGGCAACUUCCGUCGCCGAAGUCUUUACGACACCGCGAACCAGCGCCGAACACGAGACGGUCACAGAGGCCGCUCAAGCAACUGCACAAACCGACAAGCUCGAGACCGUCGAUUCUCUGAACUCGGCCGGAACAUCCGAUGCAUCGCAGUCUGUAGAGUCGAGCGAGGCCACUGCUUCAGACAACACGGCUGAGCUCGUGCCAGCGCCGGCCAUCGUGCCAUCCACCCUCGACCCGCUGCAGACCGCAGUCGUGCCACCCACUCCGCCAGAGCCCAAGUGGAUCCCGCCAAACGGCGAGUCGGUCUCGCCGACCAGCAGUCCGUCCAAGACUUUUCGCAGCCUUGACGCUGUCGGCGAUUCUCCGCGCAGCCGCCGCAACCGCUCGCAGGCCUCGAUCGAGAGAAGGCCAAGUGAUACCCCGACCAGCCCGUUUGCGACGCUCUCGAUCCCCAACAGCAAGUCAAAUGGAAGCAUUGUGGGUGCUGGCAGGCGCGGCAGCUCUGCGUCCGUAGCUUCUGUAGCCAGUUCUACCUCGACAUACCGCAUCCGUCGAAAGCCCGUCCCGUCGGAUGGCGGCGGCGAUGCCGAUUCGGAUGUCCUGGCAGUGUCGCCUCAGCCAAGUCCCGCCCCGCAGGAAGCUCCUCUGCCCAGCACCGAGGAGGAAGAGGGAACGCAUAUGAUUCAGCAUGCACGCACUCCUAGCGGCGCGGACUUCAUGCGCAAGGCACAGGAAGCCGCACAGGCCCACAUGCUCGCAAAGAAGGCUGGCGGCUCCGCACCCGAUCGUCGGCCUGCAAAGAGCAGCAAACGGCCCAGUACCGCUCUCGCCGCCACCGGCGUAUCCCUCAAGCCCGGACUUGGCCUCGGCAAGCAGCCCUUCGCCAGCGCAUCGGUUCGAGACCUCAAGGAAGCCAAUGGCAGCCUGCCUGCAUCUUCUUCCGGCUCCGGCCCUAGCGGACCUGGGGCAAGUGCCUCUCGCCCGGCAUCGAGGGCUACGAUCAAGCGGCCCACGACCGCACCCGUCGGAUCUACUGGUCAGUUCCGCGUUGCGAGCGAUGCGACGUCCAAGUCGGUCCUCGAGGUGGAAGGUCUGCAGUUUGUGCUGGGCAAGGACGAUGCUACAAAGGCCAAGCCCGUGCUCGAGGGCUCGCCGUCCAUUCCCAAUGCAGUUCGCUUCCUGCAGCACCAGCGCAACGGCAGCACCGGCGCCGAUGCAGCGAGCGUUGGUCACAACUCGCUCAGGGAUUCGCGACGCAAGUCGGCCAGCACCCACGAUUCGCACCACUCUGACGCGGUCAGCGCCAAGCCCGGCGGUCUCAAAGCGACGUCUGCGGCAGUCGCGGCCGGCGCCAAGCCAAACGCGUCUGCAGGCGGAUGGGGCUUGGACGAGGAGGUCAAGAUUGCCGAUCGAGUCCAAGGAUCCACGCAGGCCGCGCCGAGCCCGAAACCGAGGCCCGUCUCGAUGGACAAGGGCAAGAGGUCGCUCGACUUUUCGGCCAAGUCGAACCUCAAGAACAGUAUGCUCAUGAACAUUAUCAACGAGGACGAGUCGGACGAGGUCAAGGCAGCGGCGCGCGAGGCAGGCAUCCCGGAGGGAUCGUACGCCAUCCAUCCACCGUCGAUGCUGCAGCUGUUCGAAGCGUCCCAGUGCCUGGUGUACGACCAGACGGGCAAGGAGGUCAUCUUCGGCGAUCUGUUCAAGAGGCGACGAACGCUGGUGUGCUUCCUGCGACACUGGUGGUGCGGCUUCUGCCAGCAGUUUGCCAUGUCGAUCCGACACAUCGACCCCUUGCCGCUCAAGAAGGCCAACAUGGAUUUUAUCAUUGUGGGUCAAGGAGACUGGUCCGUGAUCAAGGCGUACCGCGAGGUGAUGCAGGUGCCCUAUCCGAUGUUUGCGGAUCCCAAGCGCAACGUCUAUCGCGCGCUCGGCAUGACGCUGCGCACCAACGAUGCCAACCCGGUGUGUGCCCGCCCGGACUAUGCAAGCAUGGGCAUGACCAAGGGCAUUUUGGUCGCCAUCAAGAAGGGCCUCUUUGACAUGCCCAUCCGCAACCCAGGCGACAUGAAGCUGCUCGGCGGAGACUUUAUUCUGGGACCGGGCCUGCAAUGCUCGUUUACGCACCGCAUGACCACGGCCGACGGACACAUGGACCUGCCAAGAAUCCUUGCGCAGGCUGGAUGUGACUUGUCGCUCAAGACGCCCAAGCCGCUGUACACGGUCGACGAGAAGGAGGCGCGUGCGGCCAUGUUGGCCGGAGGCAACCAGAACCGCCGCCAGACGCGCUCGCUCGGUCGAUCGCGCGGCAAAAAGUCGAGCAAGUCAGAUGCCGCCGGUCUUGAUGGCAGCUUUGGCACGACGAGCGGUGCCGGUGCUGCAGCCGCUGCUUCGACGGGGUCUGGAACGGGCAGCUCGCGAUUCGCUCGGCCCAGCAUCUGGGGCCGCUUCCCCGGUCGAUUCAGCAAGUCGCAGGCGUCGCUGCCGAUGUCCGAGUCGAUGGCGGAUCUGAGCUCGGACUUUGGACCUGCAAGAGGGCUGAGCGCUGGGCCGCGAUCGGCCUCGGCGAUGCGCAAGAUCUCGUACGACGGCCGCGUGCGCGACUCGUUUGAGACGCAGCAGACCGACAUUGAGUUCGAGUCGCGCGCCACCUCGAUCGACACGCGCCGACGCCCGAGCGAUGCCUCGAUGCCGUCGGGCACGUUUGGGCUGAACAAGGCGCAGUCCAUGUCGGAGCUGCGCAAGAGGUUCGAGCUGGGUGGACUGCGAAGCAAGUCGCGACAGGAGCCGUCGAAAGCCAAGGCGUCGCUCGAGAGCCACCUGACGGUGCCGCGCGGAGGGGCGAAUAGCCUGCAGCACAGCGUGUCGACCAAGUCGCUUCGAAAGGAGGAAGGCAGCGGUGCUGUGACGCCCAGCGGAGCGGUGACGCCCACUCCUCCGCAGCCACCGCCGAAAGACACGCCGACGACGCCGAAGGAAUCCACACGGGGACCCAAGCAGCUCUCUGUCUUCCAGAACAAGGUCAUCGCCAAGGCGGACGACGCGGCUGCCCCGGCCAUGACUGGGCUGGGUAUCGCCACCGUCGGCGAUGCGACGCCUGCAGUGGGCGAGGAUGGCGUUAUGGAGAAUGGAGCCGCGACGCCAAAAGACGGAACGCCGCUUGCCAGGUCGAUUGCGGAGCUGUCGGCACCGGGCAGCUUCCUGAUGGAUCUGGACGUGUACGACUCUCUGUCUCGACAGCCAUCGCAGAAGUUCUACGGCAAGCCCAAGGCGAAUGGCAAUGGUCGGCUGGAGGCGGGCAGUGCCGACAGCGGGCUGUCGCCGAGUCAGUUCAGCGACGGCGGAUUCGGCCAAGAGGCGGCGGAUGCGGACAGCGAUACGGAGCCGUCGAUGUCGGCGAAUGCGUCGCCUGUGCGCACGCAAAAGACGACGCCGAGCAGCAGCAACGGCAGUCUUGGCCAGAGUGCCAGCUCGAGCUUCUUCAGCUUCGGCACGUUCCGUGGCAAGACCAACCUGGAGCACCUGCCCGAAGAGGCGGACGAGGACGAGAGCGAUGCAUCGCGCCGCAGUCGCGACGAGGAGUCUCACGACGACGAGGAUGACGACGACGAGGAGGAGGAUAAUGAUGAGCCGAUCCAGUUUGAGGAUGGCCGUUCGGGACUGUUCUAG